ACUUCACAUUUGACCACGGUUCAAGUUAUGCGCGAACUUGAUUUUAUUUGUUUUAAUUUUUUUUUUAUGUUUCGUUCGUCGUCGUUGUUGCUGAAUAGUCGGUCGAUUAUAAUUGAAGAAAUGUGGCGUGAGAGACUUGGGAAACAGCUGCGCCACCCAUCCAGCUCGUUGCUAGGCUGGCUGGUCAGUAAGUUCCUCAUACAACACAACCGGGCUCUGGAGGUGAACACGGUGAAGAUCUGUGGGAUCCAGCCGGGGGAGACGGUGCUAGAACUGGGUCAUGGUCCGGGUGUGGGUCUGCUUUCAGCUGCCAAACUGCUCACCAAACCCACAGGCCACCUCAUAGGAGUGGAUUAUUCGGAGUACAUGCACAAGAUGGCUGGCGAGCGUGUGAAGGAGUUCGUGGCCAGUGGAAAGGUGACACUACACCACUGUGAUGUGGCGGCCAUGCCAAUGGCAGACAGCACCGUAGACAAGGUCUUUCAUUGCAACUGCUAUUACUUCUGGCCGGACCUCAGGAAAGCUGCCUCUGAAGUACACCGGGUGAUGAAACCAGGGGGUCUUAUGGUGACCACGAUGCUGCUGAAAAGAGUGAGUCACUUUGCAUCACUGCGGAUACUGCAGAUGUACACCUGGCGUCCGGAGGUCUACAUGGAGGCUCUGAGGGACUCGGGCUUCAUCGACGUCAGAAUGGAAGACGAACAGCACGGCAACCUCACCUUCCAGGCUAUCUACGCCACUGCCUUAAAACAAGACGGCAAGGCUUCUGCCACGGUUUAAUGAGUAUGAUCUGUGGUAAUGAGCGCAUUAAAGAAAUAUUCUGUCAUGUAGAAGAUGAAAAUAGGUAAGGGAUCACCACCCUCCGUUUGACGUUGGAUGGUGAUUUUAAUGAUGAUCCAUGGUUGCUGUUGUUUGAUUGAAUGUCCUACCCAGAUAGCGAAGUUGCUUUGGCCCGGACCCGUCCCACACCCAACACUUCAUCUGGCCCACAUACCACGUGGAAUGAUGACACUUGGGUGAUCCAUUCCUGUUUGCCAGAUCUGGGCCAGAACCAAACCAUAGCAAUGCUACAUGUGCGACAUAUUUGCCAAAGGUGGCCCAUAUGUGUUUUGUGAUAUUUGGGCCAUAUUCACCAUUUACCACACGGGCCACUUCAGGGUCACAUCCAGAUGACAUGUUGCCGAGAGCACCACAUCUUUGCCCAAAAAAGGCCCACAUUUGAUUUGGCAUAUUUGGGCCAUAUUUGCUAUUAUACAUGUGGGCCACUUCAGGCUCACAUCCAUUUUGUCAGGGCCAGAAGAAGGCCAUCAGUGCCUGAAGUGGCCCACAUCCGGAUGCUAUCUGGGAAGUACAAUUAAAAAGAGUUCUUUGGACAGUGGUGCAAUGAAAGCCGUAGCAAUAGAAAGCAAUAGAAGGUGUGUUUUAUUCAAGCCUCUGGCUGCGGUGACGCUAAAGAGCAUGGAGACCUCCCCCCUACUGCUUACUGAGGGGUCACAGCGAAGGCAAGACAACUUUAUUUGUGUGUCCCGUUUCAUACACAUAGACAGCUCAACGUGCCUUACACAUCCAUCCAUCUGUCCAUCAUCUGAACCACUUAUCCUGCUCUCAGGGUCAUGGAGAUGCUGGAGCCUGUCCCAGCAGUCAUUGGGCGGCAAGCGGGGAGACACCCGGGACAGGCCGCCGGAGGGCCAUCAUACACACAACACUAAUCAAAUAAGAAAUACAGAACAAAAUAGCACAUUUCAAAAGACAUUGUAAAAAAUAGAUAAAAUAAAAUGUAAGGGAAGUUGACAUGAGAAAGUGGUGGUUUGAUGGAGUAAAUCAGAAGGCCUUAUUCUAUGCUUUAUGCCUUAUGUAAAUCACUUUGAAUUGCCUUUCUGUAUAAAAUGUGCUCCACAAAUAAAACUUUACUUUUAUCUGCA